GGAGCAGCCAAUCUUCACCACCAGGGCCCAUGUGUUCCAGAUUGACCCGACCACCAAGAAGAACUGGGUCCCAGCCAGCAAACAGGCAGUCACCGUUUCCUACUUCUACGACUCCACACGCAACAGCUACCGCAUCAUCAGUGUAGAUGGAUCCAAGGUAGGGGUGAUCAUCAACAGCACCAUCACCCCAAACAUGACCUUCACCAAGACGUCCCAGAAGUUUGGCCAAUGGGCUGACAGCAGAGCCAACACAGUGUUCGGACUGGGGUUCGCCUCCGAGCAGCAGCUGGCCAAGUUUGCUGAGAAGUUCCAGGAAGUGAAGGAAGCAGCGAAGCUGGCCAGGGACAAGUCACAGGAGAAGAUGGAGACAUCGAGUAACAAUUCCCAGGAGUCGGGUCGUGAGACCCCCUCGUCCACCCAGGCCUCCAGCAUCAACGGGACCGACGAUGAGAAGAUCUCCCACGGAGGGCCGGAGACCGCAGCGCUGAUGAGCGAGAACGACAAACUCAAGACCACUGUGGAACAGAGUAACACCAAUGCUAAGAAGUUGGAGACAGAGCUCCAGACUCUACGGGACAGUAAUGCUCGGCUGGUAGACGCGCUAACGGAGUCCUCCGCUAAUGUAGAGAUCUGGAAGAAACAACUCAACACCUGCAAGGAGGAGAGCGACACACUGAGGGAAAAGAUAGCAGAGUUGGAGUCUCAGUGUGAAAAGGCCAACGUGGAGAAGGAGAGGAACUCUAAGCUCACUGUACGAGUUCAGGAGCUGGAGACGGAGCUGCAGGACAAGGAACAGGAACUGGAGAACCUGAGGAAGCAAGCAGAGAUCAUCCCUCAACUCAUGGCAGAGUGUGAGAGCAUCACAGAGAAACUACAGGCUGCUGAGGUGAAGAACAAGGACCUGGAGGAUAGGAUGGAGGGUCUUCGGGCCGACAUCGAGGACAGCCAGUCCAAGCAGGGCAACAUGAAGGGAGAGCUGAAGAAGUUCAUGGACGUCCUGGAUGGGAAGAUUGAUGAGCUGCACGAGUUCAGGCAGGGCCUGUCCAAACUAGGGGUGGAUAACUGAGGGAGGAGAGGAGAGGAGAGGAGAGGAGAGGAGAGGAGAGGAGAGGAGAGGAGAGGAGAGGAGAGGAGAGAGAGAGGGAUGGAGGGAUGACCUGUUAAAGAUGGAGGUUUUAGAAAUACCUUCAGGACAGGACUCUGUGGCGCCACGCCCCCAAAGUGGAGACCACACUGAACCAAUCAGCUGUAAACACACUACACAGUACAGAGAGAGGGGGGUCUCUGUUUGAGAGAGGCCAGGGCAGGCAGGGGAUCACCUGAUGGUUCCAUCUGGUGUAUCAGUCAGUCAGUGUUCUGGAACUAGAACCUAGAGUCUUCUCUCUGGUUACUGCUCUGUUUCUGUGGGGGGU